AUGGCGCCCGUCAAGUCGCAUUCCAAGGUCGUUUCCAUCGGACGGACUCCGUUAGUGCAUCCGCUGGACCCGCUGAGUCCCGCGGAGAUUUCUGUCGCCCUCGCGACGGUCCGCGCGGCUGGAGCUACUCCCGAGCUGCGGGACGCCAUCCGCUUUAUCGAGGUGUCCCUUAACGAGCCACCCAAGGACGUGGUCGCAUUGGCAGACGCCUACUUCUUCCCGCCUUACCAACACUCGGUGUACAUUCCACCCUCCAACGCUCACCCUCUCCCUCAACACAAGGCUUCCUCUUCGGCCUCCUUUCGCUCCUCCUCCUCCCCCAUUCCUUCCUCCUCCACCAUCGCCAUCCCCUCCCCCUCCCCCUCCUCCGCCGUCUCCCCCUCCUCCGCCGCCUCCCUCGUUCCCAAAUCGGCCUUUCUCCGCCUUCCCCCCCGGGAGGCGAGGCUGGUGACGUGGAGCAAGCUGACCAAUCAGACGGCGUUGUGGGUGGUACAGCUGGCAGAGGUGCAUGCGAGUCUGAGAGGGGGACACAACCGUGGACGAAUCACAUCGUGCCAUGUCAUAGAGGACGUUCAGCCCGCCAUGGACGCAGUAGAGUAUGCAGAGUGCGAGGCAGCAGUGAAGGCACACCCGCCCUUUCAAGAGGCAAUGAGGCGAAGAGGUGUCGAUGACAUGGAUCUGAUCAUGGUGGACGCCUGGUGUGUGGGGUAUUAUUCUGAAGCAGACCACCCCAAUCGCCGCCUUGCCAAGCCAAUCAUUUUCUGCCGCUGCCCCUCUGACUGCUCCUUGGACAAUGGAUACGCCAGGCCUGUGGAGGGCAUAUACGUGACUGUAGACAUGCAGAGCAUGGAAGUGAUCAAGUGUGAGGACAGGGAGGUUAUCCCGCUGCCCCCGCCCGACCCGCUGCGCAACUACACGCCCGGGGCGGACAGGGGGGGCGUGGACCGAACUGACAUAAAGCCCAUCAGAAUCGAGCAGCCCGAGGGGCCGAGCUUCAGGGUGAAUGGAUACGCCGUGGAGUGGCAGAAGUGGAGCUUCCGAGUGGGGUUCACGCCUAAAGAAGGCCUGGUGCUGCACUCACUCUCAUACGACGACGGCAGCAGCGGCAGGAGGGGCAUUGCGCACCGGCUGAGCUUCUGUGAGAUGGUGGUGCCGUAUGGCGACCCCCACGAGCCCCACUACCGCAAAAACGCCUUCGAUGCCGGCGAGGACGGGCUGGGCAAGAACGCCCACUCUCUAAAGAAGGGCUGUGACUGUCUAGGCUUCAUCCGCUACUUUGACGCGCACAUGAGCAACUUCAUCGGUGGCGUUGAGACGAUAGAGAACGCCGUGUGCAUGCAUGAGGAGGACCAUGGCAUGCUCUGGAAGCACGUGGACUGGCGCUCAGGGCACACGGAAGUGAGGCGGUCCAGGCGGCUGGUGCUGUCGUUUGUGUGCACGGUGGCCAACUAUGAAUACGGCUUCUUCUGGUACCUCUACCAGGACGGCAAGAUCGAAGCGCAAGUAAAGCUCACAGGUAUUCUCUCAGUGGGAGCACUGAGGGAGGGCGAGGAGCGCAAGUACGGCACGCUGCUGGCGCCGGGGCUGUACGCUCCCAUCCACCAGCACUUCUUUGUGGCUCGCAUGGACAUGGCUGUUGAUUGUCGGCCAGGCGAGGCUGCUAACCAGGUGGUGGAGCUGAAUGUGAGGAUGGAGACGGAGGGCCCCCACAACCCGCACGCGAAUGCCUUCUAUGCCGAAGAGAGGGUGCUUCGGACAGAGGGAGAGGGCAUGCGAGAUGUCGAUCCCAUGUCUGCUCGCCACUGGCUGAUUCAAAACACUCGGGCAGUCAACCGGGCAGGUCGUCCGACUGCCUACAAGCUCGUGCCGGGGUCCAACUGCCUGCCCUUCUCGCAGCCCGAGGCGAAAUUUCUCCGCCGGGCAGAAUUCCUGAAGCACAACCUGUGGGUGACGCCGUACCACCCGGAGGAACGGUUUCCAGGCGGCGAGUUCCCGAACCAGAACCCCAGGGUCGGCGAUGGGCUGUCCUCGUGGGUGCAGCAGAACAGAUCCAUUGACAAUGCUGACGUUGUGCUUUGGUACGUGUUUGGCCUCACUCACGUGCCACGGCUGGAAGACUGGCCCGUCAUGCCCUGUGAAUACCUCGGCUUCUGCCUCAUGGCUGUGUCUAUCUGGACCAUGCAGCAGCAGCAGUAUACACUCGCUCGCAGGUCGCAGCAGCAACAAGAGCCCUCAUUCACUUGUCUUUCUCCCAUCCUUCAACUCACCUCAGGCUGCUGCGUGUACCGCGACCAUGCAGCAGCAGCGGUGUACACACGCUCGCAGAUUGCAGGCAGCCACCAGAGCCCUCACUCUCUUUGGCCCCUUUUCCUCGCUCCACCUUCUCACCACCAUAUUGCAGGCUGCUGCGUGUAUCUCGACCAUGCAGCAGCAGCGGUGUACACUCGCUCGCAUGUCGCAACAAUCACGAGAACCCUCACCAAACUGCUGUGUGUAUCUGGACCAUCCUGCGUGUACCUCGCCUCGAUCAUGCAGCAGCAGCAGUAUACACACGCUCGCAGGCCGCAGCAGCAACAAGAGCCCUCACUCUCUCCCACUUCCCUUACACCAACACUGCCCCCCACCACCACCUCAGGCUGCGUGUAUCUCGACCAUGCAGCAGCAGCAGUAUACACACGCUCGCAGGUUGCAGCAGCUACCAGAGCCCUCACUCGUUCCCUCUUUUCCAACCCUCACAGCGCCAGUAGCAGCAGUGCGGCCACUUCAGACGUUAUCGAAUCACUUCGCAUGCAGGUCCUAGCCAUGUGCAAUGCCCCGCCCUCCCUCUAUGCCUGCGUCUUCACCAGUGGCGCCACGUCAGCACUCAGAACGGUCGGCGAGGCGUUCAGAUGGGCGGCAGGCAGCGAGCUGGCGAUGACGCUAGACAACCACAACUCGGUUCUGGGGAUCAGAGAGUAUGCGCUUAGAGCUGGUGCUACAGUGUCUGUCGUUGAUCUUCGCUAUGAGGAUGACUAUAUGGGGGAUGACGAGGAGGGAGAGGGAGAAGGGGGUGAUGAGGAUGAGAGUGAGAGUGAGACUGGGAGUGAGAUUGUGAGUGAGGAAUUGAGUGGGGAUGGGAGUGAGAAUGAGAGUGAGAAUGGGAGUGAGAAUGGACAUGACAAACAGGAAAGGAGAGAGGAAGACGUGGAAGUGAAUGGAGUGAAGGAAAUGAAGGAGGAAGUAAAGGAAGAAGAGGGAGGAGAGGAGGAAGAGGAGGAGGACGAAAAAGAGGAAGAAGAUGAAGAGGAGGAAGAAGAAUCAGAAGAAGAAGGGGAGGAGGAGGACGAGGAGGGAAGCGAUGAAGAUGAGGAGGAUGAGGAAGGAGAUGAAGAGGAGAGGAAGGGGGGUGUGAGGUUGGGUGGUGGGAGGAAGGUCCGAUUGGCAUUGGGUGCGAGAAGGAGCAAACGUAAAGCAGAGGAGGAAGAGGGUGAGGAAGAGGAGGAGGAGGAGGAGGAGGAGGAGGAGGAGGAGGAGGAGGAGGAGGAGGAGGAGGAGGAGGAGAAGGAGGAGGAGGAGGAGGAGGAGGAGGGGAAAGUAGGAGUGAGGGUAGGUGGAAGGAAGAAGGUUCGAGUGGUCUUACCUGGGAGCAGCAGGAGUAAGCGAAAGGGAGCAACAGAGGAGGAAGAGGAAGAGGAGGAGGAAGAAGAGGAGGAAGAGGAAGAGGAAGAGGAAGAGGAAGAGGAAGAGGAAGAGGGAGAGGAAGAGGAAGAGGAAGAGGAAGAGGAAGAGGAAGAGGAAGAGGAAGAGGAAGAGAAAAGGGUGGGAGUGCGGGUGGGCAGUAGGAGGAAGGUUCGACUGGCUUUGCCUGGUAACAGCAAGAGCAAGGGCAAGGGAGCAGGGGAGGAUGAGGAUGCGGAGGAGGAAGAGGAAGAGGAGGAGGGAGAGGGAGGGGAAGAGGAAGAGGAAGAGGGAGAGGAGGAAGAGGAGGGAAAGGUGGGAGUGCGAGUGGGCAGCAGGAGGAAGGUUCGACUGGCUUUACCUGGCAGCAGCAAGAGCAAGCGCAAGGGAGCAGGGGAGGUAAAGGAAGAGGAAGAGGAUGAGGAUGAGGAAAAGGACGAUGAAGGGGAGGGGGAAGACGAGGAUGAGAAAUUGGAUGGAACCAACCUUUCUCAAUCCACUGUUCCUGCCGAACCAGUGCUGACCGAGCCACAGCAUGGCAGGGCUGAUUCCGAGCCUGGACAGGAGGCUCGGCCAGGUGUGGCUGCUCCAGGUGUGGCUGGGGAUGGUGGGGUCGGAGCUGGUGGGAGUGGGGCGGGUGGAUCUGGGGCAGGUGGGACUGGGGCAGGAGGAAGAAGCGAGGAGAAGGGCCGUGAGGGAAAAAGCGGUGGAAAGGCAGGCUUAGGGUCAAGGAAUGUGAGAACAGAGAAUGAGGAGCCUUCUGAGUCGACUCAAACGUCUAGGGGUAAAGGGGCAAGGGGCAUGAGAAAGCAUCGAGCGGCAGAUGGGAAGGGUAGAAGGGUAGAUGGAAAAGCGGAUGGAAAGGUGGAUGGCUGUUCAGAGAGCACGGUCCUUCGAGGGGUGGUGGAUGGGGUAUCUCUUCACCUGCUGAACCGAUUUUCACGGGCGCCAAGGGAAGGGAAGGCACCAACAGCAUUUCACGCACGCAGGAAAGAGGCUGUUUUUGGGCCGCCUCAAAAGGUGGUUUCAGAGGGGCAGCAGGAGUUGCCGUUUGUGCCGUGCCUGUUUGCAAUGCCUGCAGAGAGUAAUUUCAGCGGGGAGAAGCUCGAUUUGAGGCUGGUGAAGGCUGUGAAGGAGGAGAGGUGUUUGGAUGGGUGGGAGGGGUGGAGCCGGGAGGACAGAGGAGUGGAGAGCGGUGGUGGUAGGAGAAAGGGCAGGGGGAGAGGGAAAAGGAGAAGUGGGAAAGAAAUCGAGGAGGAAAGAGAGGAGGGAAGAGAGAAGGGAGGUGAUGGCACAACCGCUGGUGCCUCUCAAACUCAGCAGCAGCAGCAGCAGCAGCAGCAGCAGCAGCAGCAGCAGCAGUUGCCUGCAAACAGCAGAGCGUGGGGUGGCCUCUGGGGUUGGCUGGGAGGAAGUCAUGGGACGUCCAGUGCAGAAGUGUAUCAAGGGCAGGCCAAUAGCAGUGGCGCGGCGACUGGUGGUGGAGCUGACAGGGGUGCUGGUGGGGAGGCCUGGGGUACAGAUGCUGUAGGCACGGAGAGCAGUGGCAGGUUGACAAGUGGCCAUGAAGCUGAUAGGGAGGGUGGUGGUGGGGAUGAAAGUGGCAGGAGUCGUACUGGUCGUGGUGGUGAUGGUGGAUGCAGUAGUGGAAGUGCUUCUUCGUCCCCGCUUCCCCGGCGCUGGUUCGUGCUUCUCGAUGCUGCCAAGGCUGCUGCCUCUGACCCUCCGGACCUCUCGCUCUGCCCUGCUGACUUCGUUGCUCUUUCCUUCUACAAAGUGAGUUAUCCUUAUCCCGCUUUCGACUCCUCUCCUUCUCACCCUCCUCCCCGGCGCUGGUUCGUGCUUCUCGAUGCUGCCAAAGCUGCUGCCUCGGACCCUCCGGACCUCUCCCACUGCCCUGCUGACUUCGUUGCUCUUUCCUUCUACAAGGUGAGAUAUCCUUAUCCCGCUUUCGACUCCUCUCCUUCUCACCCUCCUCCCCGGCGCUGGUUCGUGCUUCUCGAUGCUGCCAAAGCUGCUGCCUCGGACCCUCCGGACCUCUCCCACUGCCCCGCUGACUUUGUCGCACUCUCCUUCUACAAGGUGGGUGGGCUGUCUCUACCCUUCUUCAUUCCUCUCCACCCCUCUCCACCUUUCCACACCACCCACUGCCCUGCUAACUUUGUCACACUCUCCUUCUACAAGAUGCUUCUCACUUCCCUUCCCGAAUGCUUCUUUCUUCUCAUAUGCUUCUUCCCACGUGCUUCUUUAUACGCCUCCUCUCAUCUUCCCGUCACCCUUGAUCCCAUCUUUCAACCAACUGCCUAUCUCUCAUCCCUUGUCUCCCUCCUCUUCCGACUCUCUGUGCAUAUCCCUUUCUUCUCACUCCCAGAUGCUGCCUUCAUCCUCAGCAAGCCCUACUUCAGUGGAGGCACCGUGGCAGCAGUGUUUGCCGACUCCGACUUUGUCUCUCUGCGCCCAUCGCUCGAGUCGCAGUGGGAGGACGGCACUCUCCCCUUCCUCCAGCUCGCAGCAGAGCUCCCUCCAGGCCUCGCCCUGGUCAACCGCCUCUCCUUCUCUGCCAUCCAACGCCACGUCUCGUCUCUUGCUCUCUUCACCGCCUCUCGCCUCCUCUCCCUCCUCCACUUUAACGGCCAGCCCGUUUGCAUCGUGUAUGGAAGGCACAGGGCCUUGUUGCUGCAUCUUGAAAAUAGCAGAGUCGUGGAUCGGGAGAGGCGAGCGUCUUUUGAUUCGAUUGAGAAGAAUGGAGUGGUGGAUUUGCAGGGACGAGAGGAGGAACGAGAGGCAGUGUUGAAGCAGCAGGGGGGGGUGGUGGCGUUUAACCUGAAGCGCAGUGAUGGGUCGUGGGUGGGGCACAAGGAGGUGGAGAAGCUAGCAGCCAUCCACAGCAUUCAUCUCAGGACUGGUUGUUUCUGCAACCCUGGUGCCUGUGCCAAGCACCUGCGCCUCUCCCACGCCCAACUCCUCGAAAACUACGAGGCGGGGCACGUGUGUUGGGACGACAACGACGUGAUUGCGGGGCGGCCGACUGGCGCCGUGCGGAUCUCCUUUGGACACCUGUCAACCAUUGAUGACGUGGAGCGGCUGUUUGUGUACCCGAUCAAGUCGUGUGCUCCCAUGCGAGUGCAAGCAUGGCCGCUUGGUCCCACUGGGCUGCUGCAUGACCGGGAAUGGCUCAUCAUCAACCCCACGGGGACACCAUUGGGGGCCAAUAGGGUCCCCUCUCUAUACCGCCUUCGCCCAUCCAUCGGCCUCGCCUCUCGCCUCCUCUCCAUCCACUGCAGUCCCCAAGACUCUCUGCCCCGGUCUCCCCUCCAAUUGCCACUUGACACGUGGCCUGAUGCCAGGCUGGACGGGGUGCGAGUGUGCGGUGACAGCGUCCACGUGGCAGUGUACCCUGCUGACGUGGCAGCCUGGCUCUCCACCGCUCUCGGCACGCCAUGUCAGCUAGUGAGGCUGCUGCCGCACGCCCGCCAGCAGAAGAAGCUGCUGCGAAGCAUCCUCAACA